CAUAAAAAUCAUUUUUAAUGAUCCUAUCCAUUUUGUUUAUCCCCUUUUGAAACCUCAAUGAACUUCACCUCUUUGCACGUUUUCUCAGCUACCUGUUUACAUAAGUUUCAGUCUUUAAAAUUUACUUUGUUUCCAAAUUCAAAGAUGCUUCUGUCUAUUCUAAAUUUGAAUCCCAGCAUCACUACCUGUUAGCUCUGUGAUACUGGGAAAUAAUAGACUCUCUGAGCUUCAAUUUUAUAUCUAUGAAAUUGGGGGUAAUAAUCCUACUUCUCUUGCAAGUUUUUGGGAAUUGUUUGAGAUUUUACAUGUAGGUUGUUGAGCAGCGUCUGGAACAUUUUGAAUGCUCAGUGAGUACUGGCUGCUCUCACCUCCUCAUCAUUAUUACCAGUGGUAGCAGCCGAGGUAUUAUAAAUGUAUUCUCAUCAUAAUUAGGUUAAUCAUGGUUAAGAGUAAGGAUAUAGGGUCAGUGAACCUAAAUUUUAACCCCACCUACAUCGUCUACUUCCUGUGUAACCUUAGGUGAGCUGUUUAACUCUUAACUCAGUUUCUUCAUCUUGAAAUGUGGAUAACAACAUGAUGCUUGGGAAGAAUUAAAUAAGAAAAUACAUGAGAAUGCUUACAACAGUGCCUCACACAUAGUAUGUACUCAGUUAAUGGUUGUCAUUAGGUCUCUGGCCUUUCUCGGUCACCUUUUCCUCUUUUUAUUUGUCUCCGUUGUUUUCCGUGUCUCUUAGAUCUAGGUACUCUUCCAAGUCUGUACUUUCUUGGUCUGUAUCAACCAUACACUACAUGCCAGUGACAGCUGAAUCUACUUCUCAGGCUAUGACUUUUCUCCCAAGCUCUAUAUUGCUGUAUUUCUAGCUACCUGCUAGGCAUCUAAUCUAUCCCCUAAAGAUUUAUUUUCUGUUUUCUGUCUUACUGAAGCAUGAGAAUCAUCUUUGAUUUAUCCCUUGCCAUUAUCACAUCCCCCAGUACACACAAACCCAAGUGGUAACCAAGUUGUGUAAGUUUUAUCUGAGAAAUUUUCUUUAAAUCAGUCCCCUCAUUUUUAAUCCCAUCACUACUACCUUUGUUCAGGCCCUUACCACCUCUUAUCCAACCCUAACUGUCUUGUUGAUUGUCCUUACUAUCCACUUCUCUGCAGCUCCAUGUUAUACAUUGCUGUCAGUGUUAUCUUCUUAAAAUACUCGUAUGAUCAGAAUCAUUCAUCUUAAAGCUCUUCGUUAAUUUCUACUUGCUUUCACGUUACAGCACAGGCAGACAGGAAUUUAUGUUAAGAAAUGUAAAAUUAAUCAUGAGUUAGGAAACCACUGAAGGAUUUUAAAGAGAAGUGUGACAUGAUCUUACUUACAUUUUUCAACUGUAUCUCUUCGCAUCUUUUAAGUAGUUGCCCUAGAGAUUACAGUAUGCAUCUUCAACCUACCAUAAUCGUCCUAGCUUAAGUAUUACAAUAUGCUUCCUUGGAGUUAAUAUUAUACCACUGUAUAUACAAUGUAAGAAUCUUGCAGCAGUAUAGUGUGGGAGCAAGAUCAUUUUUCUGUGUCCCAAACAUUCAGAUUUCUCUAUCUUUUGACCCUUGUUUUUUCCCCAAACUGCUCUUACAUUCCUCUUCUCUUCUCCAACCGACUUCUUGAAUAAAUAUCUACCAUAUUAGCUUCCUCUGCUUUCUUAUCAUCACAUAUUCUCUGACCCAUCCCAAUCUAAUUUCUGCCCCAUACACUAUCCUAAUUCUACCACUGCAAAAGCAAUCUCAAGUUUAUUUGUUAACAAGUUGCCAGAUCUCAUGCCCUCUUCUUGGUUCUUAUUUCUAUUGAAUCUAUUACUGCUCAAUAAUAUUUGACACUGACAACCACUUCUUCCUUCUUAGACUUCCUUUCCUUUGACUGCUCUGACGCUGGACUCCAAUAUAGGUAGCAUGUUUUUGACUGAAUGCUUAGCCUUUAGUUGAACAGUGAAUGUAUGUAAGACUCCCAUCUCCCAAACUACAACACCCCUUCUCCUUAGAGAACUUCUAAAACACUUUGUCUAUAAUAUUUUUAAAAAUGGCUUGAGUGGUCUUAAAGCUGGGGUAGGAGUGGCUGCAUCUUUCCAGAAGAUGUGGUGGUUCUUGCCUGGGCUGCUUCCUGGCGCUUCUCUUGACUUUGCUUCACGCCCUGGGCACCCCGAGGUUCUUUUGCAACUGCUCUCACCAUUGGCAGCCAUGAUCUCCUUACCGGACACCCAGAGAAUUGGAGUGGGAUUAACAGGAUAUGGAGUAUUUUUCCUGUUCUUUGGAAUGAUUCUCUUAUUUGACAAAGCACUACUGGCUAUUGGAAAUGUUUUAUUUGUGACUAGCUUGGCUUUUGCAAUUGGUUUACAAAGAACAUUCAGAGUCUUCUUCCAAAAACAUAACAUGAAAGCUACAAGAUUUUUCCUGGGUGGUAUAUUUGUUGUCCUUGUUGGUUGGCCCUUCGUAGGCAUGAUCUUUGAAAUUUAUGAUUUUUUUCUUGUUUUCAGGGGCUUCUUUCCUAUGGUCACUGGCUUUAUUAGAAGAGUGCCAGUCCUUGGGUUCCUCUUGAAUUUACAUGGAAUUAGAUCAUUUGUUGAUAAAGUUGGAGAAAGCAACAAUAUGGUAGAAAGACAAGUGAAUUGGGGAUUCAUUUAAAAUAUUGUAUUAUUUAUAAAGUCCUUUGAAGAAUAUUCAGCACAAAAUUAAAUUACAUGAAAUAGCUUGUAAUGUUUUUUACAGAAGUUUAAAACUUAGAUCCCACCAAGUACCAAUAGCAGUUAAAAAGCAAUGAAAGCAGUCUUCUAAUCAAGUGAUCUAAGAAGUCAGCAAGGAAACUGAAGGAGUGAAAUCUUUGUUACAAUACAUAUUGAAACUCUUGAGGAUGAUUUUUAUUGUUUUUCUGCAGUGUGGGAAAUACAGCCAUCAUUGGAGAACUGUGGUUCUGUUUCUUUUCUUUUUCUUUUGAAGAUGCAGGAGCACCCAUAGGCAUUUGCUUUUUGGAAAUAUCCACUGGAAUGGCAAAAGUAUUUCCAGUUGCAUUGUGUCUCUGAAAGUGAUAACAUGAGUUAGAUUGGAUUAUGUCAUUUUAAUGUAUUAAAGCCAAGGAAAACCCAGUUUUGAUGUAUGAAAGUCGUUCGACUUUUUUUUUGGUAACAUGGUUAAAAUUUUUAAAAAGUGCUCAAAAUUUUUUGUUUUUUUUAUUUUUUGUUUUAUUUUUUUAAGUUUAUUUUUAUUUAGUUUGAGAGAGAGAGAGAGAGAGGGAGAGAGAGAAUCCCAAGCAGGCUCUGCACGGCCAGCACAGAGCCUGAUGUGGACUUGAACCACGAACCAUGAGUUCAUGACCUGAGCCGAGAUCAAGAGUCAGAUGCUUAACUGACUGAGCUACCCAGGUGCCCAAGUGCUCAAAAUUUUUUUAAAUAAUGAAGGGAUAAAAUGUACUCAGUCACCUGUAUUUAUACUUUAUCCUUGACACUACUACUUCACUUAUAGCUUAUAUUUAUUGAUUUUUAUGAAGGACCUUCUUUAAAGCUUUAAACUCCUUUCUUGGUUAGUCCUUUGAUGUGUGACGUAGUAAAGGUUUGCACUCUUGGGUUUAUAAAUUCUACUACUUUUAUAUCCCAGACCCAUCUCCUAGUGUCUAAACGGACUUCUCCCUUACCCACUCCAGUUACCUGUUCGUUUUGCAUUCCCUGUCUCAGCACCACGCACACUCACUUAUUCAGGCCAGUGACUGGAGUUACCCUUGAUUCCUGAGUCUCCCCUGUCAGCUUUUCCCAAGCACAUCUUAAUUUUGUUUCCAAGUUAUUUAUUUUAUCCGUCUGUGUGCCACCACCAUCGCCCCUUCUUUCCUGCUGUGGUAAUUGAAGUCCUCAGUAUUUCUUCUCUGGCUUGUUAGAUUAAUUUUCGUCUUCACUCUAUCCCCUUCUCCAAAUUACAACUGGAAUUAUUGCUCUAAA